UGUCUCACAGUUUUCGGUAGCUCGAGAGAUUUUUUUUCUUCCCCAAUCUCUAGCUAGCCAUGGCGGCGGCAAUCGUAGCUAAGAGAUCGAUCGCCUCAUCAUCGCAGGGAAGAUCGAUAAUGUUCUUGACGAGAUCAAUCGGGACGGCGGCGGCGGAGACGAGCAAGGAGCCCUCGAUCAAAUCGUGGUGGGUUCCCGAUCCAGCGACCGGAUUCUACGCCCCCAGUGGGAAAUCGAGCGCCCAACAGGCCGAUCACGCCAAGCUCCGCGAGGAGCGAUGCGAGCACUCGCAAAUGCCGGCGGUCUCUUCCGGAUGCUGGUGGCACUCUCUGGAAGAAAUCCCCGAUCGAUCUUCCACUCCCGCAUAGUAAAAAUAGAGUCACUAUUAAGUGAUUGUAACGGAGUUCCAAAACAAUUUUUGUUUGUAACUUUUUUCUCUUAAAAAAAAAGUUCCCACACUUGAAUCUUAUAAGAUCCCAUAGAUGCGAUGAUA